CCCCUCCCUCUGUGUCUCAUUUCUGCAGUAAACGGGGCUGAGGCACAUUCCUGCUUUGCAAGGCUUUCUGUUAAGGUGUUCUGUGGCUUUUGUUUGGAUCGCAGCAUGCUGAAUUACAGCUGUUCAGAGGAGACUCAUUACAACUCCUGCUGAAGUCCUAAUCUUCCUCCCUUCCCUUCUGCCCCUACCCCGUACCCUCAUUGGCCUGAAGACAUUGUACAGAGUUUGCCUUACUCCCCUGGUGCUAUGUGUAUGGUAAACCUGGUACUAUGGCCGCAUCUCGGACUGGCCAGACAACUGCUGCUGGUUCUCCCUAUUCCAAGAAGGAUUUAAAGGGGAAUUGCACUGCAGGCAAUGCAUCAGAGCAGCAGCAUCGGGAGCUUGGGGACUAAGGCUCCUCGGGCAUUAUUACAGACACACAGAGCUGACCGCAAUGACAGCAGCUGCUCCUUUGAACUGUUGGCAGCAGCCAAGCGGCAGCAUGAAGUGAGAGAUCACUCCUGAGCUCAAGAUGAACUCUACCUUGGAUGGUAAUCAGAGCAGCCACCCUUUUUGCCUCUUGGCAUUUGGCUAUUUGGAAACUGUCAAUUUUUGCCUUUUGGAAGUAUUAAUUAUUGUCUUUCUAACUGUGUUGAUUAUUUCUGGCAACAUUAUUGUGAUUUUUGUAUUUCAUUGUGCACCUUUGUUGAACCACCAUACUACAAGUUAUUUUAUCCAGACUAUGGCAUAUGCUGACCUCUUGGUUGGGGUAAGCUGCCUGGUCCCUUCUUUAUCACUCCUCCACUACCCGCUUCCAGUAGAGGAGUCCUUGACUUGCCAGGUAUUUGGUUUUGUAGUAUCAGUUCUGAAGAGUGUCUCCAUGGCCUCUCUGGCCUGUAUCAGCAUCGAUAGAUAUAUUGCCAUCACUAAGCCUCUAACCUAUAAUACCCUGGUUACGCCCUGGAGACUGCGUCUGUGUAUUUUCCUGAUUUGGCUGUACUCCACCCUGGUCUUCCUGCCUUCCUUUUUCCACUGGGGCAAACCUGGAUAUCAUGGAGAUGUGUUUCAGUGGUGUGCGGAGUCCUGGCACACCGACCCCUACUUCACCCUGUUCAUCGUGAUGAUGUUAUAUGCCCCAGCAGCCCUCAUUGUGUGCUUCACCUAUUUCAACAUCUUCCGCAUCUGCCAACAGCACACAAAGGAAAUCAGCGAAAGGCAAGCCCGCUUCAGCAGCCAGAGUGGGGAGACUGGGGAGGUGCAGGCCUGUCCUGAUAAGCGCUAUGCCAUGGUCCUGUUCCGAAUUACUAGUGUAUUUUACAUCCUCUGGUUGCCAUACAUCAUCUACUUCUUACUGGAGAGCUCCACUGGCCACAGCAACCGCUUCGCAUCCUUCUUGACCACCUGGCUUGCUAUUAGUAAUAGUUUCUGCAACUGUGUCAUUUAUAGUCUUUCCAACAGUGUCUUCCAAAGGGGACUAAAGCGCCUCUCAGGGGCCAUGUGUACUUCUUGUGCGAGUCAGAUGAUAGCUAAGGACCCUUACACAGUUAGGAGCAAAGGCCCCCUUAAUGGAUUUCAUGUCUGAAGUGGUUCAGAUAUUGGGUCACUGUGUUAUGUGUGUGUGUGUGUGUGUGUGUGUGUGUGUGUGUGUGUGUUUCCUUUUUAUCUUUUUGUAUUUCUAGUUCACUGGGAAAUAUGGGACAAAAUAGUUUGACUCUAAGCAAUAGUUAACAAAUGAUCCAUCCAAAAUACCUUUUAAGUUUGCAGAAAUGAUUUUUUUUUAAUGCUUUCGAAUGAGAAGAAUCAGGACCAUGAAGAUAAAUUGCUCUUCGUUCCUAUUUCCAUAAUGUCAUGGAAAUGACUGUAUUUAAUUCUCAGACUUAAAAUGAAUAAAGCCAUAUCUAACACCUCUCUCCAGCUGGCAUGACUGAACCUGGGUGUGAAAAGCGUCAGCAUUUUUAAAAGUCAUCAUUUUCUUGUUGCUUUUCUGGGUUCUUUCCAGCUGUUUGAGCUUCAUGUACAAUUGAUUUCUUUUAACAGGAAAUAUUAAAAUACAGUGAUGAAUUAACAGGGUUUUAAAAUUUUCUUUACAUCUGUCAAAGUGUAACUACCCUGCAGGUUUCCACACUGUCAUUCAGAAAGUCAAAUGUUUUAUGUCUUAGUCUCUUGAGAGAAUUCUCAAUACAGUGAAUAAUGUGAAAACUUAAAAAUUAAUUUAAAAUUUGGGGGGACUUCCCUGGCGGUUCAGUGGUUAAGACUUUGCCUUCCAAUGCAGGGGGUGUGGGUUCAGUCCCUGGUUGAGGAGCUGAUAUCCCACAUGUCUCAUUGCCAAGAAACCAAAAAACAUAAAAGAGAAGCAAUAUUGUAACAAAUUCAGUAAAGACUUAAAAAAAAAAUGGUCCACAUCAAAAAAAAAUCUUAAAAAAUAAAUUUAAAAAAAUAAUAAAAUUUUUGCAUUGAACCAUGAAGCAAAAGUGCAGUCAAAUCAUAUAAUUUAUAGAAAAACUAAGCUGUAUUUUAUGCCAUGCUUCACUGAGACCUAAACAAAUAUGUAUACUGAAAGUGAUUGUGUUGUAGUAUUUUUGCCCAAGCCUUUGUGUAUGUGUGUAUUGAGAAUAUUUGAAUUGAGUUAGAUUUCUCUUUUACAGCAAAAUGCAUUUAAAUAAGCUGAAAAAUAAUUAAAUGAUAGGCUGAUGGCUGCCAUUUUUAUAAUGGUGAAAAUACAUUGAAAAGUGUCUUUAGUCUUCUCUGCUCUUUUUAGCUAGAGACUUUCUGAAAUACUAGAAUAUCAGGAAGAAAGGUCCUAGGCAACUGAGUCAGAAAAUACAAUGUACAUUUAGCUAGUUCAUUUUUAAAAUAGGAGGGGUUGAUUGAGAUGGUCUCUUUGUGAUUAAAUGGUAUCAUCUAAUAAAGUAGUAACUAAUUCUUUUUCAAAGCAUUCUUUCAGUUAGUGUUAAGGAAUCCGUAUGUGAAUGAGAGAAGGAGAAAUUCUAAUUCUCUAUUGCUAUUCUCUUUCUGGAAAAAAAAAUCCUUGGAAUACUGUUCCUUUCCUAAAUAGGCUUUUUUUUUUUUUUAAGCCAAAGUACUAGCAAAAUCUGUAGAAUUAUUAAUUGAGAGUGCUGUGUAUCUGUAUGUAGAGUGAUGUUUUGUUCCUAAAAGUAAUUAUGUUUAGAGUGAGAGGUUUAUUUUUCUAAAAGGAGAGAAGGAUUUCCCAGCAGCUUCAAGCAUGAAAGUAUUUCCUCUGCUCUUCUACUGGUUUUAAUGUUUUAGAAGUCUUCAGGGAACUUGCAUGAUCUCUGCCUUUGGCUAGAUGUUGUAAUCUGAAUGUGACAGUGGUGUUCAGUGAGAUUGAAGAUAGAAGAAAACCAAGGGAAAUGUGGAUUUUUGAGUCCAAGGAACGACAUAGAUAUUUAUAAAACAGGCAGAUAUGCUUUGGUUUUCCAUCAUCAUAUUAGAAAACCUCCUACCCCCUUUUAAAAUAAAAGAUGGCAUUCUUAUGAUUUUAGGUUUUAGAGAUUGAUUUGAUUUUAACCUCAAAUGUAUUCUACUUAAACAUUUUUAUUUUAAGAGAACAAGUAUGAAUAUAAGCAUUUAAACUUCAGAUUCUGAGUUCUUCCCAAAAGCUUGCUUGCUCUUUAUAUUUAGUAUUAGAAAAUUUGAUUCUAAGUUGUUUCAAAAUUUAGAACUCAUAUUGGAAUUGCACGUUAUGUUAGCAGUGGCUUUGUUAAGUUGCCAUUUGAAGUAGAAAACCUUUUCUGUUAGAUUCUGAAAAAAAGCUGUAUACAAUUCCCCUUUAUUUAAGUGGCACAGAUCUAAGAAAACAAAAUUCCCUUUUUUUCAUAUAUAUCAGAGAAUGUAACCUGUCCAGAUUUGCACAGUUUGCUUGUCAAUUUUUAGUUCAGAUAUGGGACUCAUGAAGAUUAAUUUUUAUGGAAAACUGAUGUUAAAUCAGUAGAUUUUUUGUGUGUGGGGGGGGUACUGAGCCCUUUUAAUUUUUUCUUGCAGUAGGGUUCCAUUUUAGAGAAAACAAAAGUUUUUGGAAAAGAUUUUGUGGGAAUGUUACGGAAAUGAGGAAAUCUCUGUUUAAUUUUCUGGAAAUGGCUAAUCAAGCUGAGCUUUCAAUGACUGGAAGGCAACAACUCUUUUAAUAAGAGCUUUUGUUAGUAGAUUUUUAUAUUUUUGCCCUAGUACCAAAUUUAGAUGCCAGAGGGUUUUUUUUAUUGGUUUUUUUUUUCACGUUAGAACCUCUCAGCCUAAAACUAAAGUAGGAACUAAGUAGAUAUAGUAACUUCAAAGAAAAAUAAAACAUUCCUCCCCAGUUGAUACUUAAUAUCAGAUGUCUUUCCAGUUUAUCUUGUAGUCAUUGGACUUUAUAAACUCUAACGUUUCUUCCAGGUAUCAAUUCUAUUCUCAUAUUUCAUUGUCUGUACUGCUUUAAAAUUUUUGUUUUCUUGUGGUGUGUGUAUCCUGGGGAGAAGCGUUGUGUUUGAAUGCAAUCAUACAAUCUUCUGUGGCUGGGGGCAGUUUCUGUGUGGUGCAUUUGGAGAGUUUGUAUUUAAGUAACCUUUUCAUCCUUGCAUAUUUAGUGCAACAUUUAAUGACGUUUUAUUUAAAUACCAAUCUGACUAGUUCAGAAUGAGAAAAAGUAUAUUUUUAGAGUCAGUUACCUUAGGCUUUGACAAGACAGCCCAUUUAACUUUAUAUAGUAUAUGGCUGAUAUCAGAGGAAGCAUAAGCUUUUGGUGACUGUGUUGAAAUUAUUUCACAGUAAAUUUUAAAAUAAGACUAUAGUAAUUGUUAUAUUUGUAAUUAGUUGUGUUUUUAUACAAUGAUUUCAGUGAAGGUGUGUUUUUUUCCUCUUAGAGCGGAAAAGCAAUUACAAAAGGACAAGUGCUCCACUUUAAUGAAAGAAUUAUCUUUCACCAGAAUGGAUAUUUGAAUUUUUCAUGGACCUGUUGGCUUUAACCCUAAAUUCCAUUUUGGAAAGAGUUUUAUUUAAGGUUUAUUGCUGGAUAAAUAUGUUUUUGAGCCUUUUAUAGUGGCUUUUCCUUUUUACUUGAAUAAUGGUCUCAGUAUUUUAAGGAUUGGGAAAACUUGAAUUUUUGUACUAUUAAAUGCAUUUACUGUUCACCUCUUUGAACUUGAAAAUGAAGCAACAGGGUUACAAGUUCCCAGAUGGUAGAGUGAUUUCUGGGAGUUUCCUCAGCUUUGCAGGUUUGAUUAAAACAUCUGCCUUUGAUGGCUUUGUAGGAAUUUUACUGACUGUGUUUUUGAAUCAUAAAAGAUUUGUGAAAUAAAUUAUUGGCAAACCAGAAUUUCUUGCUAUAUGAGGAAAUUUGGGGAAGUUUAAGGAUGGGGGAGAAUCAUGGAACUAUAAACUUUUUUUAAAGUCUUCAUAAGUCAUUAUUUGUGUUGAUUUUUGCAUAAUUUUUCCAUUUCAGGUUACUAAAUAUUUUAUAUUAAAUGUACAUAUUAUUAACGUAUUUUGCAGACCCAAGGAAUAUUCUAGACAUUUCUUAUGGCUGUAAAUGAGUCACUUGGCUUUUCUUCAAAAUUUGGAUGAUAACGGAAUCAUGAUAUGUAAAAUGAACUUUGAACUGCGAAUCUAGGUUUCUGUUACUAAUUAACUCGUUUUGUAAGGGCUGGUCGCUUCUCUAAGCACUUAAUUUCUUCUAUUUAUAAUAAUCCUUUCAUCCUUCACAGGGUUACUUUGAGGAUUGAAUUAGAUAACGGAUGUAAGAGAACUUUGUAAUAUGUAAAGUGCUUUGAAAAUAAAAAUGAUUACUGUUA